ACAGCGCUGUCCCUGAGGGAGCUGCCCGUGCUGUGGAAGCAGGCCCUCGGCCUGGUGGUUUCGGCAGCCCUGGUGUGUGCCGGGAUUUCCCUGCCUUUUGCCUUGUUUCAGUACUACGCCUACGUGAGGUUCUGCCAGCCCAGCACGGGCCUGGCCCAGAGCGUCCCCGAGGCGCUGCUGCAGCUGGCACAGGACAAGGGCUAUCGUGUGGCAGGCGUGGGUGAGGCCAAACCCCCCUGGUGCUCCCAGCGCUUCCCCCUGGUCUAUUCCUACAUCCAGGACGCUUACUGGAACGUGGGCUUUCUAAGGUACUUUGAGCUCAGGCAGAUCCCAAAUUUCCUGCUUGCUCUGCCUGUCACCCUUUUGUGCUCGUGGGCUGCCUGGACCUACGUCAGUGCAAACCCCCGGCACUGCCUGACUCUUGGUCUAGUGAGGAGCAAGGCUGAAGAGAGGGGAAAGGCAAGAGAUGGAUUCUGUGGCCCUGCUACCUUCGUGUACGUGGUGCACAGCACAGCCCUGCUGGCGUUCGGGUUCUUCUGCAUGCACGUGCAGGUGCUGACCCGGUUCCUUGGCUCCUCCUCGCCCAUCCUGUACUGGUUCUCCGCUCACCUGCUUUUGGAACACGAACCUUUACUCUGGAGCACAGGGACUGAUAACCCAGCCUCUGGGAAGCCUCCUCUGAGUAAAUCUCACAGUUCCUGUGGGAAAGGGACCUCGGACAAUCCCGUUGUGAGGCUGCUGCUGAACUGGCGAUCGAUUACACCCCUCAGCAAGAGCAUCCUGGGGUUCUUCCUGGGCUACUGGCUGCUGGGGCUGGUCCUGCACUGCAACUUCCUCCCGUGGACGUAGCACAGGCCAGCAGUGGGGCAGACACUGCUCAGAACUGAAACUCAGCUGCUCUGAAAGCCCAAGGUGGAUGUGGUGACGCUGUCCUUGCAGUUACAAAGGUGUUACUCCUCCAUUACCACGUCCCAGGCGGGAUGUUCUCCGUGGUGUGAUGCUGCAGCAUCCUGCCCCGCUCAGCUGGCAUUGCUGACGGCCAACAUUCCCAUCACCUGCCUGGGAUGGGGAAUGCACCUGGGCUCCUGCAUCCCCUGGGGGAGAUGGUGGCGGGCGCGGAUUUGUGGCGGGAUGCUGUGAAGGAUUUGGGAUGUGCUGUGGGCACGGCAGGGAGGGUCCAGCUGCCCUGAGCUGCUUAGACUGUUCCGGUUCCUUUUCCAUGGUCCCGGUUCCGGGCUCCGAGCCAGGCUGGGCAG